GUCUUAUAAUGGUGACCAUAAAGCUUGUUUACCAUUGAUGCAACCCCUUGAGGCUCUACGAUGGAAGCUUCCAUCUUUAAUGCUAACUCUUGUGCUUGAAAACCAAAAGCAGACGGUCGUGGACAAACAAAAUACUACUAUAACAACCAAGCUCGAUCAAGUUACUAAUAUGGCUUUCGAUUCGGAUCAACAUCC